UUGUCACGGCCGUCGAAAGGACGGAUCAGUGAGCACUGUAAUUCGAGGAUCAGUGCGGCUAAGGUGUCGGGAUGGACGCUCUGUCGGCGGCACGGCGAGUAACUCGUGUCACAUCCCUCUCCCGCGCCAUCCGUCUGGUGGUCUUCGCAGUCUGCCUCGUCGCCUUUCUGGGACUGAGCAGUUAUUGUCUUAUCAAGUAUAUGAGAAAAGAAACGGUGAAGACGUUCGAAGUGAACGAGUCAGCACCACAAGAGUUUGCUGUCACCAUCUGCAAAAUACAAGAGUCAAUCUUUAAAGAGGACGACUAUCUGCGUAUUACCGGCAGACCUCUGCGGAGCGGACUGGAGAACCCGACCGAGGCGCUGACGGCCGACUUUCCUUGGGGCUCGGCGGACCUGGAGGAGGCCGUGUGGAACAUGACCCACAGCUGGGGCGACAUCGUGCACAACUGUGCCGACUUCUACAAUAACGGCUGCAACAGGUCGGCGGUGACCAGUGACCUGUACCAGUACGGCGGCCAAUGUCACACCGUUCGCUACAGCGACGCGCUGGCCGAGGGUGUUCAGCGCGGCAUCUGGCUGGGGCUGCACAACCCCAACUGCACCAGCUGCGGCCGGCACCACUGGAACGUCUAUGUGCACUCCGUCAAAGACCACUACAUGGAUUGGGAGCACGUGUGGGCGCCGCCUCGCGCUCAGAUGGAGAGCGGGAAGGAGCAGAACUUCAUAGUGACGAGGAUCCUCGACAUCAGGCUGCCGAGCGACACUCACCCGUGCAACACGGACCCGACCUACUCGCAGCCAAACUGUAUCCGCCAGUGUCUGUUCUCGACGCUGGCGGAGCUCGGGCCCGGCUGCCGCCUGCCCUGGAUGCCCGUGAAGCUGCCCGUCUGUGACACCGCCCGCGACUACCAGCGGCUGCUCAACUAUACCCGCAUGUUCUCCCGCACCUACAUGGUCUGGUACCACAAUUCCGAGCAGCUAAGGGCCAACGAAUAUUAUGCCGCGCUGAAGAGGAUCGCCGACGGGUGCAAGGCGCGCUGCCGACCGCAGUGCUAUCAGGAGACUAUCACCCUGACGCUGUCCGACCGACUCAACCACAAGAGAAACCACCCGUGGAUGGCGCUGAGCGUCGUCCAGAGGCUCUACGUCUCGCGACAGACGCUCGCCUAUGACAUGCAACAGAUGGUCUCGGACAUCGGCGGUAAUCUGGGCCUGCUGCUGGGCGUCUCGGCGUUCACGCUGUACGAGUUCGUCGAGAGCUGCGUGCGCCGCUGUUGGCGCCGCCGUCAGCGGCGGGACGCGGGAGCCGACAGGAAGAGCUCGCCCGGCGGCGGGGACGGGGGCGGCUCGUGGGUGUGGGUCUCCGGCGUCACUCACGGCACAGUCGGCGAUCAGAAUGCCACCCAGACCCAGGCAUCGGGGUAAUCGCCACUGUCAUUCACCGUGUAACGAUUGUGAUGUAAAGGUUACGCCAGCGACACGAUGUGGUCAGUGUUGCCAUCGGCUUCUUUGGCAGACGGUGUCUUUUACCUUGUCACGGUUAUGAAAUGCAAUCGGAGCAACUUU